GGGGGGGAAGAGCGAAAGUGAGAGCUUUGGGUUUCUGGAGUGCCUGCGGUGCUACUCUCAGAUGAGCAGUGAAGGCAGAAAGAGAGAUGUAGGGGGGGCAGUGCUGGAAUUGUCACUGGGAAUGAAAGAGCUGCUCCUGUGUUUGUGAGAGUUGUCUGUGUGAUUGUGUAAGGAGCACUUAUAUUACGGAAAACGGGAGGACACUAUAAACCUGCAAUAUGAGCAGAACCACCUUCUUUGAGCGGAACAUCAGAAGAACUCGGAAUGUUGGAAGAAUCAGUGUGGAGAUUCUGGAUGGCAGGACCAGGCAACAGAUGUGUUUUCUAGAUAAGGUGGAGCCCCAUGCUACAAUAGGAGAAAUCAAGAGUCUUUUUCAUAAGUCAUAUCAACAGUUGUAUCCAGCAAGACAGGACCUCAAGCUUGACCCCAAAGGAAAAUCACUUAAAGAUGAAGAUGUAUUACAAAAUCUUCCAGUUGGAACCACAGCAACCAUAUACUUCAGGGACCGAGGUCCACAGUUCGGCUGGACAAUGGUGUUUCUAGCAGAGUAUCUUGGUCCCCUGUUUAUAUACCUCCUGUUCUAUUUCCGAGUUCCGUAUAUCUACUUAAACCAGGAUACAUUCACCUCCAGCCCCUACUCAGUGGUCAAACUGGCUUGUGUCUGUCAUACCUGCCACUACAUCAAGAGGUUGAUUGAGACUAUCUUUGUGCACAGAUUCUCACAUGGUACCAUGCCUCUCAGGACUAUAGUCAGGAACUGUUUCUAUUACUGGGCUUUCUCAGCAUGGUUGGCCUACUACAUCAACCACCCACUGUACACACCACCCUUGUAUGGGGACUUGCAAGUGAACUGUGCACUGGCCAUGUUUGUGCUCUGUGAGGCAGGCAAUUUCUCAGUUCAUGUGGCCCUGAAUAACCUAAAGGCAGAAGGUGGGCCCAAGUGCAGAAAGUUCCCUUGCCCGACAAAAAACCCAUUCACAUGGCUCUUCAUAUUUGUGUCCUGCCCGAAUUAUACAUAUGAGAUAGGAGCCUGGGUGGGUUUUUCAGUCAUGACCCAGUGUCUACCAGUGGCCUUGUUUACCUUCUUAGGUUUCAUCCAGAUGACCAUCUGGGCCAAAGGAAAGCACAAGGCCUACACCAGGGAGUUCAAAGACUACCCACACCUGCGUAUGCCAAUCAUACCGCUCCUUCUCUGACCAAUCUACAAGGUUUACCCACCCUGACUGGAGGAGUAUUGGAGGCUGGCUGAAAGCCAGGGUUGGUCGCUGUGUUUCAGUCAGCAAGAUGACCCUUUAUCUUAAUCUAGAGCCUGUCAUAAGAAAGGUCUAUUCCUUUUUCAACAACAACUAUGCAAUGAUAAACUAUGCCAUUGGUUUGAGAGUAGGAAAUAGGUCAUUUAUAUGACCUGGCUUUGUGAAUUUAUUGGAGGGGAUUCACAGAAAAGAAUGUAUCAUCUCAAAGAUACUGUUGAUGAAUCGCUGAUCUUUUUUGUAUUGAUAAAAUGUAGUUCAGUCAUUGGAACGCUGCUAUUUUGCUGAGUUAUUGAUAUUGGUCAGAUAACUGAUAAUGAUGACUGACUGUUACAUUGCAGCUACUGAAUGUUCCUGUUUUUUGUAUUUCUUUAAACAGUGAAUAUUUUUAGAAACUAAGAAUAAUUAUUUAUUGUAUAAUUUUGUAAUAGGUUAUUGAGAAUUUCUUAGAAUGUAAAAUGAUACAAAAUAUCUGUUAAGUUAGAUUUCAGUAACAAUAUUUAUUUUGGCUGCUGUUUAACUGUUAUUUUCAGAACUUACAGAG